GCAGGGGCGCGCGACUCCUGCGCACUCGGCCGUCGCCGGUGCAUCGCGAGCUCAGCUGCACCCUAGUCCCCGCGGCUCGGGAGUCGCGUCCCGUGCGAGACGCCACUGACCCCGAGAGGACGAGCUGCUCGCUCUGCGCUCUUCGCACUCACGCCCCUUCCUCCCCCCACCCCCCGCCCCCCGCAACAGGUCAGGGGAGGGCGGAGGCGGCGAGGACGCACGACCUGGAGACUGAAGAACGAAAGGUCUGGAAGAUGAAUACACUUGUCAUUUUCCACUGACUGGCAGCAAUGGCAUUCACUGAAAGAGUCAGCAGCAGCAGCAGCAACAGCUUGUACAAUGAAGACAGAAACCUGCUUCGAAUUAGAGAGAAGGAAAGACGCAACCAGGAAGCUCACCAAGAGAAAGAGGCAUUUUCUGAAAAGAUUCCCCUUUUUGGAGAGCCCUACAAGACAGAAAAAGGCGAUGAGCUAUCUAGUCGAAUCCAGAACAUGCUGGGAAACUAUGAAGAAGUAAAGGAGUUACUCAGUACCAAGUCUCUCACUCAUCACUUGGAUGCUUCUGAAAAUAGGCCGGGAAAGCAGAGGUACCCUUUGUUUCCUGAGAAGGGGAGCGGCGUUCCACCGCACUCCUUCCACACCCGUGUCCAUCACCAGCCUGGGAGCACUCCUGCCUCUGGACCACUUCCUGUUGGAAACAUGAGCCACAAUCAGAAGGUGACACAGCCAAGAAUGGAACCAAUGCCAAGUCUUCAUGUGAAAAGCUAUGGCGCCCCGGACAGCCAGCACCUGGCCCAAGAUCGCCUUGGUCAGGAGGGGUACAGCUCUAGUCAUCGAAGAAACGGUGACCGCAGAGCCGAAGGAGACCACUGUGCUUCGACGGCAGACUCGGCUCCAGAGAGGGAGCUUUCUCCCCUCCUCUCCUCUUUACCUUCUCCGUUACCCCCUUUGUCACCUCUACAUUCCAGCCAGCAAACUCUUCCCAGGACGCAAGGAAGCAGCAAGGUUCACAGCAGUAACAAUAACAACAAUAAAGGCUGCUGCCACGCCAAAUCUCCCAAGGACCUGGCAGUGAAGAUCCGGGACAAAGAGACCCCUAAGGACAGUUUAAUGGCAGUCUCCAGCCUUGGAGUGGCCCCUCCCCAGCCACCUUCUCAGUCUUUCCCCCCACCUCCCCUCCCCUCAAAGAGCGUUGCAAUGCAGCAGAAGCCCACGGCUUAUGUCCGGCCCAUGGACGGUCAAGAUCAGGCUCCUAGUGAGUCUCCCGAACUGAAACCACUGCCGGAGGAUUACCGGCAGCAGACCUUUGAAAAAACCGACUUAAAAGUGCCUGCCAAAGCUAAGCUCACCAAGCUGAAAAUGCCUUCUCAGUCAGUUGAGCAGACCUACUCCAAUGAAGUCCAUUGUGUUGAAGAGAUUCUGAAGGAAAUGACCCAUUCGUGGCCACCUCCUCUGACAGCAAUACAUACGCCCAGUACAGCUGAGCCCUCCAAAUUCCCUUUUCCCACCAAGGAUUCUCAGCACAUCAGUUCUGCAACCCAAAACCAAAAACAAUAUGAUACAUCUUCAAAAACCCGCCCUCAUUCUCAGCAGGGAACAUCCAUGCUUGAAGAUGACCUGCAGCUCAGUGACAGUGAGGACAGUGAGAGCGAGCAGACCCCAGAGAAGCCUCCUUCCACAGCUGCACCGCCAAGCGCUCCGCAGUCACUUCCAGAAGCAGCAGCAGCGGCCUCAGCACAUUCCAGUGGUGCGGAGUCAGAGAGCACCAGUGACUCAGACAGCUCCUCCGACUCGGAGAGCGAGAGCAGCUCAAGUGACAGCGAGGAGAAUGAGCCCCAGGACACUCCGGCUCCCGAGCCCGAGCCUCCUACAACAAACAAAUGGCAGCUAGACAACUGGCUGACCAAAGUCAACCAGCCGGCAGCGCCACCAGAGGCCCUGGGGAGUGCAGCGCCCCCACUGCGGCACCCGGACGGGAAGGGCAAGGGUGGUGACGGUGGCACCACUAGUCACGAGCAUUCAGAAUCCAAAGAUCCUCCCCCGAAAAGCUCCAGCAGAGCACCCCGGGUCCCCCCCGAAGGCUCCCACACCGGCAAGAGGAGUUGUCAGAAGUCCCCUGCCCAGCAGGAGCCGCCACAGAGGCAAACCGUUGGAACCAAACAACCCAAAAAACCCGUCAGGGCCUCUGCCCCCGCGGAACCUCGGGCCAGUGUGCAGGUGGAGAGUGAGCCGGGACUCCCCCACAGCGCCAAGGAUCAGCCUUCCAAAGACAAGCCCAAGGUGAAGACGAAAGGGAGGCCGCGUGCUGGAGACAGAGAGCCUAAGCCAGCGGUGCCCACGCCCGGCGAGAAGAGGCGGCACAGGGGCGUGCCCCCGGCCCCCACAAAGGCACUCUCCGGUCCUGAGCCCACGAAGGACAAUGUGGAGGACAGGAGCCCUGAGCACUUGGCCCUCGUCCCCCUGACUCACAGCCAGGGCCCCAAGCACGACAACAGCGGUGGUGGCAGGACUAGUGGCUGUCGCCGGGCCGUGGUGGUGCAGGAGGACCCUGGGAAGGACAAACUUCAGGUGCCUUUGAGAGACACCAAGCCGCUCUCCCCGCUCAGGGACACUCCUCCCCUGCAAAGCUUGGUGGUGAAGAUAACUCUCGACCUCCUCUCGUGGGUUCCCCAGCCACCUGGGAAGGGGAGUCGCCAGAAGAAACCAGAGGACAAGCAGCCACCGGCAGGGAAGAAGCUGGAUUCUGAGAAGAGAAGCUCCGACAACUCAAACAAGUUGGCCAAAAAGAGAAGGGGUGAAGCAGAGAGAGACCAUGAUAGCAAGAAAGUCAGACUGGAGAAAGAGGUUAAAUCACAGCCAUCGUCAUCCUCCCACAAAGAAGCUUCUAAGACGAAAACACCCAGGCCCUCUGAGCCCUCGAAGAAGGAAAUGCUUCCCCCCGCACUUGUGUCAUCCUCGUCCUCAUCCUCCCAGAAGCCAGCCAAGCCCGCACAAAAGAGGCCGCGGCGGGAAGCACAUCCCUGUGGCCAGGACCCUCCCAAAAGUGCCAGUGGUCCCAAGGGCAGCCAUAAGGACUCCCCCGUCCCCAAGCGCAGGAGAGCCGAGGGGAAGGGCUCUGGAAGCUCCACAGAACACAAGGGAUCUUCUGGCGAUACUGCAAAUCCUUUUCCAGUGCCUUCUUUGCCAAAUGGUAACUCGAAACCAGGGAAGCCUCCCGUGAAGCUGGACAAACAAGCAGAUCUCCACAUGAAGGAGGCAAAAAAGUUGAAGCAAAAAGCGGAGUUAAUGACGGACAAGGUUGGGAAGGCUUUUAAGUACUUGGAAGCCGUCUUGUCCUUCAUUGAGUGUGGGAUUGCCAUGGAGUCUGAAAGCCCAGUGUCCAAGUCGGCGUCCAAGUCGGCUUUCUCGGUGUACUCUGAAACCGAAGACCUCAUUAAAUUCAUCAUGUCAUUAAAAUCCUUCUCAGAACCCACAGCACCAACACAAGAGAAAAUAUUUGCUGUUUUAUGCAUGCGUUGUCAGUCCAUUUUGAACAUGGCGAUGUUUCGUUGUAAAAAGGAGAGAGCAAUAAAGUAUUCUCGUGCUCUUAAUGAUCACUUCCAGAGUCCUCCCAAAGUUACCCAGGCACCUUCUCCAUGCAUUGCAAGAAGCACAGGCGCACCAUCCCCUCUCUCUCCAAUGCCUUCUGCCAGCUCCGUGGGCUCCCAGGCGAGUGCUGGCAGUGUGGGGGGCAGCGGGAUCCCUGCCAGCAUCCAAAACAUGACAUCUUCCUACAUCACCAUUACUUCCCACAUCUUUGCCGCCGUUGACCUGUGGGAACAGGCCGAGGUCCUUACAAGGAAGAAUAAAGAGUUUUUUGCUCAGCUCAGCACAAGCGUGUGCACCUUGGCCCUCAACAGCAGUUUGGCGGAUCUGGUGCACUACACGAGACAGGGUUUUCAGUGGCUGAAACAAGGAAGCAGAGCACCCUAACGGAGGCCCAGGUUGAUUUGAUGCCCUGGGAACUAUUUUGCACAUUGGAAGCCUCAAAAACAGUCCAGACAUUUGUCUCAUCAGGACAACAAAACUUGAGAAGAGAAGCGCCUGAGAAGGCCAGGUCACUUGUCCGCUUAAACUCUCAAGAAUCGUGUGGUCAUGGGUUGGGCACGAUGGUUAUGCAGAAGUAGAAGUGAGGAGGCUGGCUUCAGAGAUGAUCUUCGCCUUUCCUAACUGAAGGACCGAGUGCAAUGUGGCCCAAAAGGGGUGUAUGAGUGGUCUAGAAACAUUUCCGUAUUUUUUUAACCAGCAGGAUGCGAGUUGCAAAUGAAACGAGGAGAAGCAAUUUCAACUCUGAAUGCAAAUUCACGUCAUCUCAGCAGCCACACUAGUCCAUUCCCAGAAGGAAAUAUUUUUAACAGUGAAUUUUGGUGUAGGGUUUUGUGGAUGAUUUUUCUUUUCAGUUUUUUGGGGAAAUACUUGUUUUGUAAAUUCUGUCAUCUAUAAAACCUAAAUUGUGAAGGACUUGCUGUACCCCACUUUCUGCCAGUGCACAGUUGCUUUGAUAAUACCAAGUAUUGUCAUAAUCUAAAGAAUUGGAGCCCCCCCCCCAUUUGUCUGAAGUGCUGCAGGCUCACCCAGCUCUGAUGCCUCCGUGACCGAGUUGGCGUUGGCCGAUGGGAGCCGUGGGAGGAGCAGGAGCCGCAGCACGCGGCAGCAGCGGGACGGCUGUCGUUCCCACCCCUGCUUCAGCACCAGGCAGGCAGCUGCGACCAUGUUUGGAAUUUUCUACCCUGGGAAAGGGGGUACCGACAUUUCCACAGGACCAGUUGGCUGAAGGGCUCUUUAAUUUGUAUUUAAGUAGAGCUGGAAUUUGAGGUGCCGGUCUGAGGUCUACAGUCAUGUGGUAACUCAUGCUGUCUAACCAACUCAGUUUUGUCAGUGAACAAAGACAAAUGAAAUCUACUUAAAGAGGCUAUAUUUUUUUGCUGCGAAUUAUUUUAUAUUUAUAGCAAAACUAGACUUUCAGAGCCCUUAAUUGUCCAGGGGAAAUUUACUCCCUGAAAGGAUGUGGAGAUUGGGGGUGUUAAUUAGACUUAAGAAAAGCGUCCCAGGCCUUCACUCAGUGUUCUUGUCAGCUCGAUUUGAGAGGCUGAGGAGGAACUGUGCCGUCUCCCGGACUGUGCAGCGGUGCAUCUGAGUGACCUAUAAUGAGAGAACACAUCCGAGUUCCCACUUAUUCAUAAGCACAGAUUUCCUUUAUUGUAGACACUUGGAAGGCUAUUAUUGGAAGCAUUAUUUUGAGUGCAGUGUUUUUAAAAGCCCAUUCUUGUUAUCCCUUUUAGAGGUGGAAUUUACACACAUUAAAAUCGAGGAGUGCUUUUUCUACAAUUGGCUUUUCUCCCAUCCUGCCCCUCUACAUGUUGUUUCCUACCAAGCAUGUUUGCCCUUUUCCUAUUUAUUUAUUAGUGAAGAAGGGAGUGGAUACCACCUUUAUUUAUACUGAAGAGGAAGGUCCGCCUGAUGUGUGUAGGAACUUGCUUGGUAAUCCGGCAAAUGCAUAAAGGGGUGUGUCGACGAUGGGCGAUGUCUGACUUGCCGUGUGAAGCGUGUGACUGUUCCUUACUGUCUACCCAGCCCGUGCUUUUGUCGUCACUAACCUGCUAGGGCAGAGGUCUCCCGCCUCGUGCUGAGGUUAAAGCCCGAGGGUUAACAGCAGUAGUAAUGUCUGAGCAUGGGAACUUCAUGUGUGGUCUUGAUGUUCUAAAGUAAAGCCUUGGCCCUUUUUAAAUGGCUCGCUUAAAAAGCACCCUGUUGUUAAGUGAACAGUAAUUGCCUGGUAGGUUGUAUGCUGUGACAUUGUGUGUCCUUCUCUUAUAUGUGGGAGACAAGGUCCCAGAAUCAGGCGUAAGCCAUUAUUUAGCAUCGUCUUUUCUCCCCGUGGCCAGUCCUGCCCCUUCCCUGCACCACUCCCCGGCCCUUUGGAAGGACGUGUUCUCGGGGCAGGUUCUGGUCGGUGCAGACUGCAGGGGAAAUGUGUCUGUCAGCCAGCCACCAGCUUCCUUGACUGGGGAGUUUCCCACGUGACCUGUCAGCCUGUGCUGCACAGGUGAUUGCUGUGUCGUAGCCUUAUUCUUUGUGGGGGGUUUUCCCCUGACCUUGGUUUUCAAAUUUUAUUUGUCCCUUGAAAAACAAUGAUUUUGAAGAGAUCAGUUUGUACUGUUUAGAUCAGCGGUCGCCAUCCGGUGGUCCGCGGACCUCCGCGAGGUCCGAGAGGCUGGCGCCCGCUGGUUUAGAUCCUGGACGGAGUAGGCAAAGGGUGGCGGCUCGGUGAACCCGUCCUGCGCCUCAGUUCCGUUGGCUGUGACAGAUGUACGGAGAAGGCAGGAGGCUUUGUAAAACAUUUGCACUUUUUGCUUCAUGCUUACAUUCCAAAAGGCAAAGUUUGUACUGCGGUAGAUAGUUGAAAGGACUGGGUCUAAAAUGAAGCCUUGGCAUCUGUGAAGUUCUUAACACAGUAACAGUGCGCACCUCCCAGCGAGGCAAACGGAACGUCCUGAGCGAAGGUUGAGUGAAGUCUCGCCUCUGGCGCUACAGCUUCCUGUCUUCAUUAGGAAGCGGAAGAACUUGCACUUGUAGAAACGAUGACUGUUUCUGCCCUGUCUGGAGAGGAUGACUGACCUGGAGGCUUUAGCCAGACUGAGGGCCCUGCUGAACAGUGGGAAACGCUUCACUGAACUCCGCCAGGUGGCCCUGGGUUCAGAAUGUGAAAGUGGGCACCCUGCCCGCCGUGGUGAAGAGCCGGGGCCAGCAGGCACAGUACCAGGACGGGAACUGCAGCAGGAGGAGGACUUAUCUGAUCAUCUGAUUGAAUCACAAUUGAAUGAGAAAGAAAGCAUCUGAUUUCUUUGAACAAAAGAACCUUUAUUUUAUAGAUGUUUUCACCAAAACGUUUAGCUAUUUCCCUUAGACAAAUUGGAUCACACUUACCUCCCUUGUUCUAUAUCCUUUAAUUCCAGAUCUCAGGAUAUUUAAAAGCUAAAAACCACCCCCUUCUGACCGAAAACUUGCCUUAAUCGGUACCUUAAAUAUUAAUGUUAGUAAGAUCAGGAGCUUACUAUUUUAUGAUUCUUGCUCAAUAAUUUUUAGCUGUAAAAAAACCUCUUAGCUCUGAUAGAUGAAAGGAGGUGUGUGUGUGUGUGUGUGUGUGUGUGUGUGUGUGUGUGUGUACAUACAUACACACAAAGAAUGAGAAGCUGGUUGGAUUGGGUAUAUUUAUUGUGCCUUUUGUUGACCACACCUGGUUUUGGAAUAACUCUGUGUUUGGUUUCCAUGGCUUUCGAGAUGCUACGUGGGUGUUGGCUCUUCCGCUCCAUGAAGUUUAGGUGUAUUGGUUCUUCUUAAGGCAAAUGAAUCAAAGAGGCUUGAUUCCCUGUCACCCACCACAGAGCCUACCUUUUUCUUAAGGAUUUAUUUUCCCAGACACUACACAAAAUCUAAAAACUUUGCCCCUUCACCCAUUACACUCUUUACCACUGAUUAGCAGUAUUCUAGUCUUGCAAGAAUAUUAGGGCUUCUUUGAGAAACACAGACGUCAAGACUUGCUCCUGGGAAGUGAGUCGCGCGUUGUGCUGUGGAGCGGGUCGGUUGUGGUGGCGCUUGCUCCUUUCCCGUCUCCAGCGGGUUGCCUCCUUUGUUUUUGGUCCUCUCUAGAAUUUACGGAUGUAAGGUUUUUCCUGUGCCUUUUUUUUUUUACUCUGUCAUUUGUUUGCGGGAGGUGGCGUGGCAGGAUAGCGUGGUGUUAGGGAUUUUCCUCCAAACGUUUCGAGUGGUAUUCCUCCCGUAUAAAUCUCAAAUGUGCAAUCUAGUUGUCUUGGUUUCGCAGUGACAGAAUGAAUUGUGACCACUGGCCAUGUUCUUUAGUUUUCACUGAUGAUGAGUUGACAAGCCACUUACCACCUUUCUUAAGGUGGCUGUACAUUUCCUGUUGUCCUGGAGAAACCACCCGAGACUCUGUUCCACUGUGCGCCCGGUGUCGGCAGGUACUGCGAUGGGCAGAGAAGGGCCUGUUUCUGUACCCAAGAGGGCAGGAAGGAGACAUACAGCUCUCUGUGGGCCUGGGGGGUGCUCUGUGGGCCUGGGGGGACAAGGGAGAAAGACCACUGACGGCGAGGCUGGCCAUGCCGCAGCCAGGCCGGGAGUGGCUGACCUAGGGAGAUCUUUGCUUUGCUUAAAUGUAGCUGUUUAAGCGAUGCUUAACACGGGCAGUAUUAACUUCGCCUUUCGUUUAGGCCGUCAACAUGUAUUGUUAACAUUACUGCACAUCCCCCUCAGAUAACAAGUAUACACUGUUCAUGUUGGUGUGUGUAUGUGUGUGUGUUUAUAUGCGUGUGUCCCAAAUCUUGUUUUAAUUUUUUUUUUUCCUGAAUGUGAUUACGUUUUGGAUGAUACCUGUGCAGGGUUGCCUUUUUUUAUUUAUUACCAUUAUAUAUUAUAUUAUAUUAUAUUUUUUGCUUUCUUAUAACUUUAGAGUAAAGUCAAAUCUUGGUAUUAUUAAAAUUGUUUUAAAAAUAAAUAAAUUGUCCAGUUGAUAAAUGAAGGUCACUGGCCUAUCUCUAAAAUAAUAUGUGUGUUUUUCUUUAAUUAUUGUGGAAUAAUGUGCCAGCUAUGUAGUCCACUCGGUGAUUUGUAUGUAGGAUGGGGAAGCAGCGAUGCUCUCAAUGGGAAGAUGUGCAACCACAGAUAAAGGGGACUCCGUGUAUUUUAUCUCCUUCAGCAAUGAAACUGCAACCUGGGGCUUUUGUGAAUAAAAUUUAGCUGCCUUGUAUAGUCCUUUGAAAGAGACAUGUGAUCUGUGCGGAUUCAAGUUUGCUUUCUUUUUUUAGAAGAAAAAUUUGCAAAAGAUCUUUCCAAAGAGAAUGUGCUACAGAUCUUUUGUUUGUUCUCUGUAAUGAGGAUUAAUUGCUGUUUGAAAAAAAAAAAAGUGUAAUUGAUUUGUUCACCUUCAAAUUCUUUCCUUUUCACAAGAGGAUCGAGCUGUAAAAAAACAAAAAUUAAUAAAAAUUUAGAGAAAUCA